AUGGCUAUAGGAAACACCAAAACAGAAGGAAAGGCAACACAACGAACAUUGGAAACACCAAAACAGAAGGAAGGCAACAAAACGACUAUAGGAAACACCAAAACAGAAGGAAAGGCAACACAACGAACAUUGGAAACACCAAAACAGAAGGAAAGGCAACAAAACGGCUAUAGGAAACACCAAAACAGAAGGAAGGAAACACCAAAACAGAAGGAAAGGCAACACAACGAACAUUGGAAACACCAAAACAGAAGGAAAGGCAACAAAACGGCUAUAGGAAACACCAAAACAGAAGGAAAUGCAACACAACGAACACAGAAAACACCAAAACAGAAGGAAAGGCAACAAAACGACAAUAGGAAACACCAAAACAGAAGGAAAGGCAACAAAACGGCUAUAGGAAACACAAAACAGAAGGAAAGACAACAAAACGGCUAUAGGAAACACCAAAACAGAAGGAAAGGCAACAGAACGACUAUAGGAAACAACAAAACAGAAGGAAAGGCAACACAACGACUAUAG